AUGGAUUCGGUUAAGAAGGAGAAGCUCGAAGCCAUGGAGAGGUACAGGAAAGGCUCCCAGUUCCUGCGAGUGCUCAUGCAAUUCGUGCUGCGCGUGGUGCUGCUCGGUCUCUUCAUGUCGAGCCCCAACUGGCUCCCCUGCUUCUUCUCCUCCGUUAAGUUCUUCUUUCUUGUUCGCGUGCCAAAAAUUUGCACCAUGGCCGCUGGGCCAAGGUUCAUAUUCAUGAUCUCCAAUGUUAUAAUCGUCAUUCUCGUUGGCGGCUCGAGGCUUCCGAAGAAUCCCGCAGAGAGAGUGGGGCUCUACGAGGAGUAUGUCAUGAAGAGCCCAACCGUGCAGAGCUUGGCCAUGGCGGAGGUGAAGGAGAAUGAAGCUUUUGCCGAUCAAAUAGUUAAAGCAGAGGCUUUAAGAGAAGAGAAAGAUGAGGAAAGUGAGGUAGACGAUGUGAUGGAAGAAGAAGAAGAAGAAGAAGAAUGGUUGCCUGCAGAAGAACUUAACAAAAGAGUUGAAGACUUCAUUGCCAUGGUCAAUAAGCAGAGGAAGCUCGAAGCCAAAAUGCUCAUUUGUUGCGAGUGA